AUAAUACGGAAAUACACGUGUUGUAUCACCAGCUGAACCCUCAACCUCCCUCUCAACCUCCCUCUAUCCACAGUCCCCAUAUCCUUACCCCACUUCUUCCAUUCCCUGGCACUCAUUCAGUCCACCACUCAGCCCAUCCUCGAUCCUCAUCAAAUCGCACUGUCGCAACAUCAUGCCUCGUAGCUCAAGACGCCGAUACAUCAGACUUGAAGUUAUCAGCGGAAAGAAUAUUCAAAUCCCUUCCUGGCGCAUUCCCGCUGGCAUUUACAUAUCUGUCAAAGUCGACUCGAGGAGACGCUGGAAAUCGGUCAGCAGCGUUUUAUCAUCUGAUCAAUCUGUAGAGUGGGGGAAUAUUGUGACUCUAGCAUCGCAUGCCUCACCUACGUUUUCAGUGGAGAUCAGGGCGUCCUUCGAGCUUGGUAGAAUGCUAGGCGGUGGAGAGGUCAUCAGGAAACUUGAGAUGUCGUGGAAUGAGCUACUCAAUCAUGCAGAUGAGCCAUUCGAUCUAUCCUUCCCACCCGUGCGCGGUGUCUGCCCUUCCCUCACGCUGAAGGCCGCUGUUCUACAUGCUUGCGACAAUCAGGACGGCAAACUGUUUCAUGUGAGUGGAGCUGUUCUCUGUCCUAUUAGCUUUUUUCUGACAGAAUGCCAACUGUAGUCCAUCAUAGACUGCGAGAUUGCUCGAGACACAAAUGCGGGUCACACACAAUUUGCCGCAUACGUGACAAGCGAAAAAGUCUCUCACUUGAACGCUGCUGUAA